AUGACCUACUAUGAGAUCGACCCAGGUGAGAACCAGACCAUCUCCAGUGUGUUCAUCCUGGUGGGGUUUUCCUACCUUAAGAAGAUGCAAAUCCUUCUGUUUUUGGUGCUUCUGGUGGUCUACCUGCUCACCCUGAUGGGGAACCUGCUUGUUAUACUCUUGAUAUUGCUAAACCCUUCCCUCCACACCCCCAUGUAUUUCUUCCUGGUCAACCUGUCCUUCCUGGAAAUCUGCUUCACCACCAGUGUGGUCCCUCAGCUGCUGAUUCACCUCCUGGUGGAUGAAAAGACCAUCUCCAUUCAUGGAUGUGCAGCCCAGAUGUAUGUCUACACCAUCAUGGGCUUCAUGGAAUGCUGCCUCCUUGUGGCCAUGUCCUAUGACCGCUACGUGGCCAUCUGCCACCCCUUGCACUACACGACCAUCAUGAGCGGCCGGGUGUGUUCAUGGCUCGCGGGGGCUUCCUGGAUCAUCUGUAUCUUAGUGGCCGUAGCUCAUACAACUUGGCUUUUCAGCCUGCCCUUCUGUGGCUCCCAUCACAUGGACCACUUCUUCUGCGACAUCGCACCAGUGAUGAAGAUGGUCUGUGCCGACACAACAAACAUGAGGAUUGUGGGGUUCAUUUUGACUGGGCUGUUUGUCAUGAGCCCUUUCCUGUUGAUACUUCUGUCCUACAUCUGCAUUAUCUACACCAUCCUCAAGCUGCCAUCAGCAGAGGGGAGGCGUAAAGCCUUUUCCACCUGCUCCUCCCAUCUCGUGGUGGUGACUUUGUUCUAUGGAACGGCCCUUUUCACCUACCUUGUGCCCAAAUCUGAAUCCACCAUGGAGAGUGAUCAAAUGAUUUCCCUCAUGAACACCAUUGUGGCCCCUGUGUUGAACCCCAUGAUAUACACACUGAGGAACAAAGAGGUGAAGGGAGCCUUCAGAAAAGCAAUAGAGAAGAACAUCUUUGCACGUUGA